UUUUGGCUUUUUAAGGCAUACUCGUUUUUUGGCCAAGUUUAGUCACUUUCUGUGCCUCAGUGGAGGCGCACUAUACACACCUAAAUGUGUUGGCGCUUGCUAGUGUUGCCGCUGUUGGCAACGUUACUCUGCCUUGGCGUUGGGCAGGUGGCGUCAUGGCAGGCAGUAGGCAACUAUCACAAUGACGCGAAUCCAGGUAAAUGUACCAUCACCGAAACGCUGAUCAUUGCGCCCGGUGAGAAGGUGAAGUCACCAGAUAGCUGUGCGGAAAUAGACUGCCACAAUGAAGCAGGCGAUGUAACGAUCACUGGUUGUGGCUCUACUGGUGCUCCAGAUGGCUGCGAAUGGGGCGAUUAUGUUGAUGAGCAAGCAGCCUUUCCGGAAUGUUGUGCGCGCUAUUUGAACUGUGUUGGUGGUUUGAAUAAUGAGACGCAGAGGUAUCAGCAACACAUUUGGGAAAUGUUUUCCCCUAAUCUGAAGCAUUCUGCAACUCAUGGUGCAGCAGGAGCGGAAAAGCAGUAAAGUGGAAACAAUUUAAAUUUUUUUUCCUUCUAUGAAUGUUUAAAACUAAAACUGACUAAACUAACAUAAUAACUUAAGUUUAAGUAAAUAUAUCUGAGGUACAAAUGUAUGUG